AUGCUUGGAAACCUCCUUAUAUCUUCUGAUAUGAUAAAGAAGUUAGUGCAUUGGACUAACAGUUUUAUAAAAUCGAUUCGAGAGCGUUUUUCAUGGGAAAGAGAGGCAAAAGAAACUAAUGAGGCUGAAAUUAAAGCAUUUAUUGGAUUGCUUUAUCUCAUUGGUUUGCAUAAAUCAUCACAUGUGUACAUACGAGAUCUUUGGGCAACAGACGGCACUGGAAUAGAAAUAUUCCGUACAACCAUGUCAUCAACACGUUUUAAUUUUUUAUUGAGAUGCAUCCGAUUUGAUGAUAUAGAAACUCGCCAGAGCAGAAAAGAAUUAGACAAAUUGGCCCUGAUACGUGAAUUGUUCGAAAAUUUUGUAGAAAACUGCCAAAAAUCGUACAACGUUAGAGAGUACAUAACCAUAGACGAGAAAUUAGAAUCUUUUAGAGUGCGAUGUCCAUUUCGCCAAUACAUGCCAAAGAAACCAUCGAAGUAUGGAAUAAAAGCUUUUGCGCUCGUCGAUUUUCGAGAGUGUUCUAUACUUGGAAAAUGGAAAUAUAUGCCGGUAAACAGCCGAAAGGUCCAUUUCAAGUAG